ACCAGACUGACAGAAGAACCUUCCGUUGGACCGAAAAGAGACAGUCUAGAUGAAAAAGACUGAUAAAGAGAGGUAGAUCUGAGGCUAGAGACAAGUAAAAGACAGGUACCUGGUCCCAACACAGGACAUGAGAUUGUGGAUCAGCAUCAGGACUAAAGAAAAAAACUCAUGAGAGGAGCGAAGAGUGGAUAUUCUCCUUCUUGACAGGACAGACCAACACCAACAGCUAAAGAAGAACCAAUGAGACCAGCCUCCAUCACACAUGCCCUUCCUCCCUUGCCAACCUGUCUUCCACCAUCCUCUACCUGUCUGCUCAGUGUCAUCCUGUGGAUCUGCUAGCAGACGGACAUUACUGGCAUCAUGCCGGCUGCGUUGAAGUCAUCUCUGGAUGGGAGCAUGACAGAUUCAGGGGAGCUGGAGCAGGCGGCACCUCCCUGUCUUGGAAAAGUGCCCCGCGACCUUCUCCAAAACUUUCCUCACACUAAGCGUGUGGGCAGCUACCUGGUGGGCAAAAUGAUCAACAAGGGCUCGUUCGCCAAAGUCAUGCUGGGCAUGCACAUCAGUACAGGAGAGAAGGUGGCGAUCAAGGUGAUAGAUAAGAAGAAGGCUCGUCAGGAUACAUACGUUUUAAAAAACAUGAAGCGUGAACCCCGGAUUCACCAGCUGAUCCGUCACCCCAACAUUGUCUUGCUGCUGGAGACGUUGGAGACGGAGAACUGCUACUACAUGGCCAUGGAGCUGUGCGGAGGAGGAGACCUCAUGGACCGAAUCUGUGAACGCAAACGGCUGGAGGAGAGAGAGGUCCGCAGGUACACCCGCCAGAUACUGUCUGCCGUGGAACACCUGCACCGACACGGGAUAGUUCACAGGGACUUGAAGAUUGAAAACUUUCUACUGGAUGAGCACAACAACAUUAAGAUAGUUGACUUUGGUCUGAGUAACACUCUGAAGGCAGAUUCUCUCUUUCUGGAGCUGCUGAACACUCAGUGUGGCAGCCCUGCUUACGCUGCUCCUGAACUGCUGGCCCACAGGAAGUACGGCCCUAAAGUGGAUGUGUGGUCUGUGGGUGUGAGUAUGUUUGCCAUGUUGACUGGCACUUUACCGUUUACGGUGGAGCCCUUUAACAUCAAGCAGCUUCACCAGAAAAUGGUGAAUGCAGAAAUCAGUGCGAUACCGUCGGACAUCAGCAAAGCGGCUGUACAGUUUGUUUUGUCUCUGCUGGAGCCAGAACCAGCAAAAAGGCCAACAGUAAAAGCAGCAAUGGAGGAUAAAUGGUUGAAUGAGGGUUAUGCCAAGAGACCCCUCCAUACUGUAACUCAUAAAAACAGGCUGCGUCCUGAGGAUCUUAAUUCAGCUGUGCUAAACUACAUGACUGAAUCUCUAGGCUACGGUCUUUCUGAUAUCAUCCACACUGUCAUCAGUAACAAGCCGUCUGCCAUCUUAGCUUGCUACCAUCUACUGCUGAAAAAACUCAACAGGCAUCAGAAAGUUGUGAAGACCAUGAAGAGAGAAGAGAACAGCGAAUGGAAUCUUCUGAAUAAGGGCCUGUCGAGAGGGAGAAGCAAUGCAAGUGCAAAAAGUCAGCAGCAGUCUCCUCAGAGUGACACAGCCAAUGAGAGGAGCUCAAGACAGGCCAGUAAGAGCCAGAGGAGCCAAUCACAGGACAGAGAUGCCCAGAGUGGCAUGAAAAGGCCUGCGGAAACUAUUAGACCAAAGCAGCCAAGCCUAGUGGACAGAGCAGAUUCCCAAACCUCAGUCCCUUUGGAUACAACUAAUGAGAUUGCCAUACUUGUGGAGACACACGAUGGACUGAUUCCUAAGGUCUCAACGUUUGGUGAAAAGGAGAUGCUUCGUGUCUCACCACCUAAGUGUUCCUGCAGAGAGGAGAGCGGCACCAAACUCUGUGACUCUGCCCCUUGUGAUGCCACUGUAACCAUAGACACCUCUAGAGACUCCCAGACAAUGAAAACAUCAAUCAAACCACAUGAUCUGAGACCGGCUUACUCUGACAAAUAUCAGGCGCUGGACUGCGAAUAUCAGCAUGAUGACAAGUUAGAGAAGUUGCAGACGUUCUACUCAGAGAAAGGGGCUUCUCCCAGAACGGGACAGCGCUUUAAGGAUCUGUUACUGGCCAUUGAGGAGAAAACCUACAAUGCUCGCCACCUCAGCGCCAUGGAAACCACAACACAAACCUCCCCUUUACCCCGACUACGUCACACUGGAACGCUGAAAGAAUCCGCACCUAGAAAAGUCACUUGGGUAGGGCUUACGCGCCACACAACGGCUGGCACCGGCUCCUCACCUUUCUUGGUAAAUGGGUCCAAACCGCCACUGUUUCCAUCUCAAAGACAACAAGCUCUCGUCAUUAAAAACCUGAGACAUGCAAAGGAGAAGAGGAACAUGGGAACGGGAGGGGUAGGAGGGACAAGCCUCCCCAGUAAUACAGCGAAAAGAAACUCAAUUCAGUUGCGAACGGCUAUACAGCGAAGAGUAACAGACCUCAACCUUCCAAUGCUUCCGUCUGCUUUACAAAACAAAUCUGACAAAAAGACAGAAAUACUCCGAAUGGAUUUUGGGUGACAUUUGAGGCCUUCCUAAUAGGAGUAUUCUGGGUUCAAUACAAGUUAAGCUUGGUCGACAGCAUUUGUGACAAUGUUGAUUACCACAAAAUGAAUAAUGUUCAUUUUCUUUAAGGCAAGACAGGCAAACCAUUGUUUUUUCAUGCACUGGUCAGUUUUCAUAACUUGUCUUAUUUCACACUAGUGGAAAGAAAACACCUAAAAUAUACAUUUACUGGACUUACACUUCUAUCUAUUUGCGUCUGUACAGUACGUCUUUAAAGGCUGUUUUCUCAAAAUUUUAUCUGAUGCACUAAGACAGAAAUCUCCACAUCAGUAGCACUUACAUGCACCAAUCUUUCCAAAUUUAUAUCUAUAAUCUGAAGGUUUUUACAGAGGAGUUUGUUCAUAUUUAUAUAACAUUUUAUAUCUAAAAACAGGGUGAAAAUAUAUUUUUUAAUUUAUGGAGUGACAAAAAAGAUAUCCGAAAUCCCCUCUGUAAAAACCUGUAACUCUAGUAUAUCAACAAAAUGAAACGAGAAUGUUGAAUCUGGCUUUAUCCAAUGUUAAGAUUUCUGUUUUGGAAAUGUAUGCAAAUCAAUGCAUACUUAAUUAGAUAAUUAGAUAACGCCUUUGCACAUUUAAACAUAGCAUUUCAGAAAACUUGUAAUACAAAGCAGUUGUUUUUAAAAUACUGUGAUUAAUCGAUCAGAAGUAUGAUGAUUUCUAUUCGUUUUUUGUUCUAUUAAUUUUUACCCAUUUCAUUGCAAGUGCCUCUCUCUAUUUGUUGUGGUAACAUUAUGCCACCAUUGCCGACAUUAUGCUAUCCGCUCUGUAAAGCAGAAUAAGAUGUCAUCUUAUUAUAAUCAACAUCUCUUCUUCCCAUUACCUCCCCUCUUGCCCUCCAUACUCUCUUUCUCUACCCUAAUCCCUCGGUCCCAGGACAAUUCGACUACUCUUAAUUGUCUGGUUGGGAUUUGACUGAUGCCCAUUGUAGGUUUUAAGCUCCUAUCAUGUUUCUCGCUUUAUGAAUGAAUGAAUCUCAAUGACAUCACUCAACUAUGCCAGUCGGUGCCAAAGGAUGAGGAUCCGUAAGCCAGCUUAUGAGGAAAAUGGCUAAUAUAAUUGAAGUAUUUAACUGGGCACUUAGAAUUCAAUGAAGUACAAAACUAUUGUUCAGGAAUGUGGAAAUGUAAUUUUGGUACAUCUUUUUUUUUUACUUGUAACUUGUGUUACAAAUAAAUUGACAGGAUACACAA